UUCCUUCCCUCUCUCUCCCUUUUUUUCUUGGAGGAAAUACUGCAGCCUUCUGGCCUGCGUCUGCCUCUCCAGGGAGAGGCUCACUCUAGUUCCACCCACUGGCUGGAAGGAGGGGGUUUGAAUGAAAGACAAGACAAACCUUAAACACCAUGUCACUCUGUGAGGGAGACAGCGGCAACUAAGCUGGAGAAAGCUUCUUUUCUUUUUUCUUUUUUUCCCCCUUUUUUUUCCAUUUUUCUUUUUUUUUUUUUCUCCUUUUGGUGGUGGAAGAGAGAAACAGAAAGAAAGAAAGAGCAAGAGAGGGAGAGACACACACAGAGAGAGGGAAGCAGGUCUGCAGCUCGGAGUUUACAAUCUUCCAGAUUCCUGUACCAGGACUUCCCACCCCCCCUGCCCUGCCCUCCAAACGGGGGAAAUUGACAUUACUACAGACCAGCCUGUUACAGGAGGAAAAGCCCCGGAUCAUAACUGAAGGGGGUCAGGGGCGGGCAGGGGUCCAAGGCAAGAUUUGGCGGGGUGAGAGUGGGGGAUUUUUUUCCUGCCCCCGACUUUUUCUCUCCCUCUUUUGAAAUUCUUGCUGUGUUGGAACUAGCGAGCAGUCUAAAGACAAGGAAGUCUCGGAGUUUCAUCAGUCAUCAGCACUGUCAGGAAUAGUGUUUUUGAGAAAGAAAGGCCCGGGGCACUACACCCUGCCAACUGAGUUCCCCUGCAUCGGAGAUAAAGAUUCCAGCUACAUGGGCAAACGUUUGGAGCAACCACAAAUGUACCCUCAGUACACUUACUGCUAUCCUCAUUAUCUCCAAACCAAGCAGUCCUAUGCACCAGCUCCCCACCCCAUGGCUCCUCCCAGCCCCAGCACAAACAGCAGCAGCAACAACAGCAGCAGUAACAACAACAGUGGAGAACAGUUGAGUAAAACCAACCUGUACAUUCGAGGCCUUCCGCCCGGCACCACGGACCAGGACCUAAUCAAGCUGUGUCAGCCGUAUGGAAAAAUUGUUUCCACAAAGGCAAUUCUUGACAAAAACACAAAUCAAUGCAAAGGGUAUGGCUUUGUAGAUUUUGACAGUCCGGCUGCAGCACAGAAAGCGGUAGCAUCUCUCAAGGCCAAUGGCGUACAGGCACAGAUGGCCAAGCAACAAGAACAAGACCCCACAAACCUAUACAUCUCCAAUUUACCCAUUUCCAUGGAUGAGCAGGAAUUGGAGAACAUGCUGAAACCCUUCGGCCAUGUCAUUUCCACCAGAAUAUUGAGAGAUGCCAAUGGAGUCAGCAGAGGUGUUGGAUUUGCCAGGAUGGAGUCGACUGAAAAAUGUGAAGUGGUAAUUCAACAUUUUAAUGGGAAAUACCUGAAAACACCACCAGGAGUACCAGCCCCCACUGAGCCCUUGCUGUGUAAAUUCGCAGAUGGAGGGCAGAAAAAGCGUCAGAAUCAAGGGAAAUACACACAGAACGGAAGGCCCUGGCCAAGGGAAGGAGAGCCUGGCAUGGCAUUGACCUAUGACCCCACAGCUGCUAUACAGAAUGGAUUUUAUUCUCCACCGUACAGUAUUGCAACAAACCGCAUGAUUCCCCAGACAUCUCUCACGCCAUUCAUUGCUGCUUCCCCCGUGUCCACAUAUCAGGUCCAGAGCACUUCAUGGAUGCCUCACCCACCCUACGUUAUGCAGCCAACAGGUGCUGUGAUAACACCAACAAUGGACCAUACUAUGUCAAUGCAGCCAGCAAGCAUGAUGGGCCCCCUGACGCAACAGAUGAACCAUCUUUCCUUGGGCACGACAGGAACGCGCCCUGGGACCAAGAACCAGUCACCCCACCCUAGUUAUGGCUCUGCAUAUAUGUAUAUGACUGCGGCUGCACCUAUGCAAGGGACCUACAUUCCCCAGUACACUCCUGUGCCUCCAACAGCUGUCCCUAUAGAAGGUGUUGUCGCUGAUACCUCUCCCCAGACAGUUGCACCUUCAUCACAGGAAGCCAGUGCCCAGCAACAGCAGAUAGCGGUGGAAACGUCCAGUGAACAUACGCCUGCAUAUUCCUACCAACAGUCUAAACAAUAAACAGGACUGAAGAAUGUCGAUCUGAAAACUUUGCCUUGAAUGGAGAAACUUCAACGAAUAAGGAGUUGGCUUCCAGUUUGCACAGGCGUCAACCGAAUGCUUUUUUUUUUUCAUUUUCUACUUUACCCAAUGGAAAAAAAAAACCCAAGUGUUUUUAUGUGCUGUGCGAAAGGUUCCGUCAUGUAGUCUGACAGUUUUAUUUUUGCUAUAAUUUUUUUUAAUUAAAGAAAAAUCCCAGAGGGGGAAAAAAAAAACAUAAACACUGGGGGUUGACAUUUCAUCUGGAUGAACAUUUGGAUUCAGAAUUUACCUGAAGGUGUAGAUAGAUUUUUUUUAAAAAAAAAAACAUCAAAUCUGAUGUCAAGAGGGAGCGAGCUGAGAUGAAAACCUUGUCUUCCUCAAUAAUUAAGCUACUUUCUCUUUUUUUCCCUUCUUUCACUCUAGUGCAUUUGUUUUUUAUUUUUAAUUUUUUUCUUAGAAAUGUUUAGGUAAGGUUUAUCUUGAAUCUUAAUUGCCUUAAUUUUAAGGACGUCAGAGGCUCUCCAGGCAAGCUGUCCACGUCUUGUUAGAAAAAAACCGGAGAAGGAAAUUUGAAAAGACUGCUUUGAGCCAGCUUCAACUGGUGCAGAAGUUUAAUAGACUCUGAGUUUUUAGGGUGAAAAAAAAAUAAACUGUACAGUUGAAAAGAAAAUGUUUUUCUUCGUUUGAAGAAAAUUUGUUGAUAAAGGAACCGUGGCAACUGCAAGGAUUAGAAAAAAAUGCUGGGACUUUUCAUGAACUUUGUCUUAAGUGUUGACAGGAAUCAUUCUAGAAAGGAAAUGUGAUUGACAGGAAAGUUAUUGACAUUGGUUCAAUCAAAUGGCUGCAUUCGAAAUGAUACGGGCUUUGGGGGGGCAGGAUGCAGAUUUUUUUUUUUAAUUUCUAAGGCGUCAUCGCUGACAAAGGCCCUUGUGCUUUUUAUCUGCAGUCUUUUUUAUGAGCGUUAAGAAGUUUUUAGUCAGCUUUGCUUGUCACAUUGCAAAACCUAGCUUAAGAGCAUUUAAAAAAAAAGAAAAAAAAUUUAAGUAGAUAGGAGCUUAUGGUCAAAAAAAGUGCAAAAAAAAAAGCAAUAGAUAGAAGAAAUUGUUGACAAUUUCUGUAGUCUUUCCUAGUUGUGAUCAAAUGCAGCCUAUGGAUGGCCUAUUUUAUACCAAAGAUGAAGUGACAUCCUAACGCAGUCCAGAAGAUAGAGGUUUUCUUUUGUGUUUUUUUUUCCUGUUCUUUAAAAAAAAAUCUUUAUUUGACCUACAUGGCCGGACCAGUUCUUAUUUUCAUGUUUGUUUAACCUAUAUUCCACUGGUGUUUUACAUACUGCAGAGUUUAUAAAGAAAAGCGCAUAUUAGUUGGGCUUAGGAAGCCCAAACCUGUUGGGUUCAGUUGAGAAUCAGAACAGGACAAGAUCUGAGCACCAACUAAUGUUACUGAAAAGGCUUUCAUCUUGCUGAGCUUUUCGCCUAUGCUCUUGUACAGCGCAAUCCAUAGUGGGGGUCACCUCUAUUGGGAGGCAUUUGCCUAAAAGGCUGAAUUUUCUUUCUGUGCAUGUUGGACUAUAAACUCUUCUGGGGGGAAAAAGCAUUUGAAAAGGUCACCUUUCCCCUUCCCCCCUCCCUAAAAAAAGUCUGUGGAAUGGUAGGUGGUCUCCUUAAAGAAUGUCUCAUUGUCUUUGUGAAGAAAGUCUUCCUUCUGAAUUCUGUCACCCCUUUGGUUCAUCUGCUCAUCUUUUCCAGCAUGGAUAGCAGUUUUAAUUCUGAAACUGAAAGAAAGGGAAGGCAGAAUUGUCUCCCUUUUUAUUUUUUUUUUCAUUGCAUCUUUGAAGGCUAUGGUUGCCAGAAAGAAAAGGGGAAAAUUGGACAUGUUUUCUCAAUUUAACUCUCCUGGGCAGGUAGGAAUAUUAAAAAUAAGGUUUUUUUUUCCUAACAGAAUUCUGGAUAAGCUCUUAAUAUGCUGGUUGACAAUCAAGAGUUAGUAUGAUUUAAGAAAACAAAAGCCAAAAGGAGCCGGUCCUGGAGAUCAGCUAAGCCAAAGGAGGCAGCGGAGGCCCAAUUAGGUCCAAAAGUGAAUGCAGUUUCAUUAGCUGAGACACAAUUGUACAUGGUUCUUUGAAGACCUCCAUGGGAAAUUUGCAAUAUUUUACCUGAAAUCCAGGGCAGUGAAACUUUGUUAAUUGAGAAGGGUUUGAUAGUAGUACUGUUUUCUGAAUGAGGCACUGGGAUGAAAGAAUUGGUGGAGCGCCUAGAAGACAAAAAUAAGUUGCUGAGUCGAAGGAAUGAGGUAAUGAGGUCGUUUUGUAUAAUUACUGUGAAAAAGGAAAUAAUAUUCAUUUAAAAGGAAAAGAAGUCAAUCAUAUUCCAAUGAAAUCCACUUAAAUAAAAGCUGCGGUUCUGAAAUUGAUCUGAAAGUUCUCAUGAAAGAAACACCUUUAAAUCCAAGCAAAAAUGAUUUCAAGUAAUGGUGCUUCCCUAUAUCUUAAUUUUAAUUUUCAAUUUGAAGGAAAUGAUCCUUCCAAUAAUUGGCUGCUAUAGUUCAAUUCAAUACCCAUUCCAGAGAGAAAAAGCCACUGCCUGUUGGUCCCUACUAUCAUGUAAUACCCCCAUAGGUUAGGGGGGGGGAGACACUCUAGGUUUCCACUUCAUUUAUUGUCUUCUCCCUGGGUUUUGUGGGUUGUUGUUUUUUUUGACAUUUUGUAGAUGGCACCAACUUGAGUUUUAUCAUUGUAGAGCUGCCCAUAGAGAGCUACAAAGAAUUCUUCAAACCAGAUCCAUUUAUUUUCCUCUUCCCAUUCUUCAAAACACCUCAUAUAAUUAUGGAUUCUCCCUGAAAAUAAUUGAAUUGAAUAGAAAACAACCUUAUUUUAUUCUAUUUCAUUAUAAAUCCCAAUGUGACAUAAAGAAAAGUCUCAUUUGCUCUGGACAAUGAGAUUCCAAGGUAGCUACCAUGUGGCUGAUGAAUAUGCUGAGGUCACUUCCUGUUUCUAUUCAAAAUACUGCUGUUUCAUUUAUAUGUUUAGAGGUUGUUGGGGUUUUUUGUUUUUUGUUUUUUUGUUUUUUGUUUUUCUUUGGUUUGGUUUAGUUUGGUUUUCCCCAGCAAUGAAAGCAAAAUAAUUUUGAUGUUUUUAUUAAGCCAAUUGGGACAAAAGGAAACCACCCCACCAAACAUUUUGACCACUGCCAUGUAUUUUGUGUUCAAAUUGUUUAAACCAUGCCACACUGUCAAAGAUCUCAUCUCAUACCAAAAGGGAAAGGGAAAAUGUUUCUUCUCUGUACAUGAGUUAGCUUAUCCUUCUCUGUCCUCUGACCUAUGAACUUUCUCAAAUGUCAAACCACGCCUGAAAAAUAGCAGCUUGAACAGGUAAGCAAUAGUAGGUUCCAAGCAUAGGCCUUGUUUGAGAGGGAAAAACACACACAAGCAAACCAACCCUUCCAUGUUUGCUUGGAAAUAGUGGUGAAUAGAGUAAUGAUAUGGUAAUAAACUAUAGUGCAGAGAUAGUAAAAUUCUUUGAGAACAUAAUUGUCUAAAAACAAAGCUAAUUAUCCUAUAUGUUAUGGGUCAAUAGAGUUUCUGCAUUUGGCCUGCUAUUUCAAUUGCCCCAUUGGUCUUACAUAUCAACACCAGGAGAUUCCUGAUUGAACGAUAGAGUUCCUUAAAGUCUUUGGGCAAGAGAACCUGAUCUUAAAAUAUGGGAGCAAACUAAGAUCAACAAACCAUACUCCGUAAAUAUUUGUUGUCACAUCCAAACUGUAGUCCUCAGUCAGUGGAACACAAAUUAAUAUUUUCUUUUCUUGAAGAUGAGAGGUUGUCCAAGGGAAAAUGUAUAUGAUAACUGGGAGUUUCUAAAUACCUUCUUAUGCCUUCUAAAGGAAAGAUGAGGUCACAGAAGGAUUAUAAGAGAACUGAAUAUGCAAAUGAGAGUGUUGGUAGCAGAGGGCUGCCUUGGGCCUCUGGGAACUCCUGAUUAUAUAUAAGACAUGAAUAUACGAGCUGGCUAAAGGAUUCCCAAUGAGUCUGAUCCUAAAUUUACUUGUGUUUUCUUGGUUCAUUGGCUAGAUGCUGUUUGUCUAGAAUGUUGGUGCCAGUCUUCAUUAGAAUUCUUGCCAAGACUCUUGCAGAUGCAUAAAAAAUGGUGGCCCAUUUUGAGUAGCUCUCAUUAGAUGAAAGGUGGAUUUCAGGGGAACUUGAUUCAGUUUGGACACCCAGGCUACAUCUUCAUGGUUUUUCAGUAGCUUAAAUGGACUCAUUGAAACAGAUUAAAUGACCAGCCGAACAAAGCUAGACAUGUUUAAAAAAAAAAGUUUUGUUCUAAAGUGGGCAUAUGAACCAUUGCAGAAAAAGAGAGCUAUUCAGGAAAGAGAAAAUCAUAAGUAAGUUUUAAAUGGUUUUUAUAUGAGCAAAAAUAAAAUGAAGGGAAAUUAUUUAUAUAUGUAUGUACCAAUAUGCAGCCCAUUUGAGGAAACCUCCAUUGUAAUAAAGCCUAUUUUUAAUAUGUCAUAGUAUUUUGACCUAUGUUAUGUUGUCUAUGGCAGGAAAGGAUGAAAUUUGGGUUCUUAUGUCAUAGUUAGCUUGGCCAGUAUGCAUCUGUUAAACUCAACCGGGCUGGCAAGUUCUUGCUGAAUAUUACAGGAGGAGUUAGAUGACAAAAUUUUCAUAGGCUCUUUGCCCCUGUUCUCCCAGUUGUCCAUCCUGCAUCCAGACUGUAAUGAACUUAAGAGUAAUGAAUCAAUCUAUCUUGAUGGUGACACUAAAUAAGGUUUUGGAAAAGAACUUGGGUUUCAGUCAAUCUCAACUGGCAUUUGUUGUUGAAAAUUUUCCUUAAGGUAAAAUUGUUCCUAUUAUCGAGCUCUUGGUCAGGGAUGGUUUCAGUGGUUGAUCUAUUGUUCAUGGUACUUUGUGCAAUGAGAGUGCAAAAGUCUACCACCAAGCCCAGUGAGUGCUCAUGAGCCUCCACUUAGUGCACCCGCCCCCUCCCAUCAGGUUAAUGAUUUCUUUUGUUUUAACUUGAUACUUAUACAUAAAUGCCACUGCCAAGGAUGGAUAAUGUCAACAAUGCCCUUUGGUUCCCUAUCAUUCCUAAUUCAGCAUGUAGCAGUGAUAUAACAUAGGAGGAAGCCACUUUGAGUCCUCCAGAAAACAUCACCUCUAUAUGACCACCACCAUUUCCCGCAGUCCACCCUGGUCUGCCCAGCCAUUGAUCACAUUCGCUGCUGAGGCUUACUGCCAUGAUUUGUGAUUAUACAAAGGAAUCCAUUCAUCCUCAGUUCCUUCCAUCCACCCUUGGGUAACUUUGCUGUUCAUUGUACUACCUCCAGGGAAUGGUGGAUAAUGAAACAGGAAGGAGGUAAAACUGAAAUCAGUCCAAUUUACUACUCAUCAAAUCAUCUGAUAACAUGUUCGGUUGACAUCUUUGGUUACAAUGAGGUAUAUUGGGUUUAUCUGUGGAUUUCAGUUACUCAACCCAUCUUGUUCCCUAUUUACCACAAUUUGUGGAGAGUUAACUAUAGUCUUUGAAGAUGAUAAAUGGGGAGGGGAGAGAGAGAGAAGGUGCUAAAAGCAUAAAUGUUGAUUUGACUUCCCUCACUGUUGUGAUUUCUUUGACAUCUGUAUACUUUUGAUCAGGACAAAGAUGAAUCAGUUCACUUACCAGAGAAAAACAUCAACUGUUGGACAAGUCCACCUCAAAUUUUAAGUUGCUAAGAAGGAUGUGCUUAGUUUCUGUGCUUUGAAUGACUUUGCCUUCCUCUAUCAUGACAGAAUGGUUUCUAUGUUCUGGUAGAGCUUAAUGAUAGCUUCAAAUGGAAAUAAUGCCCACUUCUUUUUUUCAGUUUUAGAGUUGGGCAUCUUCUCAACUCCCUGGUAACAGAAUAUUGCUAAAGGUGCUUUGUCUCACAGUAAAACAUGUUUUCAUUCUAAUUCUUUAGCAAAAAAAAAAUGGGCUAGUUCCUAGGCAUCAUGGAGGCACUUGGAAAAUUAUCCCUAUUGCGAGGGAGGGAAAGAAAAACAGCAAAACAGAAAAACAAUCCUUUGUGUGUGAGAAAAUCCAUAGAUAUAAUUGGAACCAUAAAGCUAAGCAAACAAAAAACCUGUUUGAUGUUGUGUUGAUGAAAAAUUAGCUUCAAUUAGAAUGGGACAUGGCUUCUUUAAAGAAUCUUUGCAGACCUCAUGGUAACCAAAUCCUAGACCAUUGAACCUCUGAAUGCCAUUCAGUUCUGAACCUGAUUUAUCAAAGAGCAUUUUUGUCCUGCUGGCUCUGAUUGUCAUGGAAAGUUCUGUAAUGCUAAGGUGUUUCAGGUUUUCCUUUUUCUUUCUUUUUUUUUCCUUUUUCUUACUUUAUUUUUUCCAUUUGUACCACAGUCCGACUAGCUACCAUUUCCCCUACUCCUUGGGCUUUCUGUAGAUCAGUGGAUGUUAGGUUUAAACUUCUGUUUUCUUUGAUGAAGCUUUCAAUAAAAAAUGAAAACAAA